AUGUACGGACGACCCAAGAUCUAUGGCCACCCCAUCUCGAUGUCUUCGGACAUCGUGUUGCUCACAGUUGCAGAGGGCGGCCUCGAGGACUAUGACUAUGCCGUUGUGGACCUGGCUCAACAGGCCAACAAGCGGCCCGAGUUCCUGGCCAUGAAUCCGUCGGGCAAGAUCCCCGUCCUCACCACCGCUGAAGGCGACCACAUCUCAGAGUCGCGCGCGAUAGCCCAAUACCUCGCCGCACGCUACGGCUUCACCCACCUCGUCCCCAAACCUGACGACCUCUUGGGCCUCGCGCGGUUCUAUCAGGCCGCAUCGUCAGAGACCUUCAAUUUCAACGUCCCCGCGGAGGAGCUUCUCCACGAAGUGUUCGUCCUGCCGCUGUUUAUGGGCCGACCAGUCAACGAGAAGGUUGUCACCAGGACCAGAUCUCUCGUUGAAAAGCAUCUGGACGUGUGCGAACAAGCCUUCAAGGCCGGCCAGAAGUACAUGGCUGGCGACAGUUUUAGUCUCGUGGAUAUUUUCUAUAUCCCGAUCAUUGCACGCAUGAUCGAUGCCGGGCACGGGGAUCUCUUCACCAAACGCGAGAUGGUUAAUGACUGGUGGCAGAGGUGUCUGGCGCGUCCGGCAACCGGCAAGUUCGUGCAGACUAUGCCGAAGAUUGCGGAUCUGAAAGCAUAG